CUGGCGUCACGGCAAAGUCAACGGUGUUGACCGGUCAGAAAACGGAGUGUCCACGCGCUCUCACGCGUGCGUGUGAGUCCCAGCAGCAGCGAACUUCCGGCGGCGCGUGUGGGCGCGUGCAGCGGCGAUCUCAACGGCGAUCUCUCCGACUCACCUAUGUCGAUCCUAUCACCAUACAUUUGACUCCCAUUCCCUCUACGUGUUUGGCGAAGACCUUCUCCGGCAAACUCUUUGUAAAAGGAUUAGCUAGGUUGUCUUCUGAUGCAAUCUUGGUGAUCUCAACUUCUCCUCUUGCCACAAUAUCUCUGAUAAGGUGGUAUUUGCGCUCUAUGUGUUUGCUUGCUCUAUGGGCUCGUGGUUCCCUUGAGUUUGCUACUGCACCACUGUUAUCACAGUACACGAUAAUAACACGUGGCAAACUCGGAAUCACUUCUAAGUCCACCAAGAAGUUUCUGAGCCUAACUGCCUCUUUCGCUGCCUCAGAGGCUGCGAUGUACUCGGCUUCCAUAGUGGAGUCUGCUACUCACUUCUGCUUAACACUCCUCCAUGAAAUGGCUCCACCUCCCAAGAAAGCUGGCGUCACGGCGAAGUCAACGGCGUUGACCGGUCGGAAAACAGAGUUUCCACGCGCUCUCACGCGCGCGUGUGAGUCCCAGCAGCAGCGAACUUCCGGCGGCGCGUGCGGCGGCUGCUGGCGGCGAUCUCGACGGCGAUCUCUCCGACUCGUCGUCCUGGUCGUCGUGGUAUGGUCACUUGCUGGUUUUG